AUGAAUGGAGCCUUUGGACCACCUACCAGCAGAUUGCCAGGAUCUACAGUAACCAUCCAGUGUGCUGUUGGAUAUGUGUCUGCUCUUGCGAUGGUGACAUGUGAUGUUACACUGAUGUGGAGUCCUGACCCUGAGGCUAUUGAGUGUACAUCACUAACCACACCUACUCCUAAAACUCCUCCAAUGAACUGCACAGCUUCACUAUCAUCACCACAGAAUGGCACCAUCAGUGAUUAUUCAGUACCAGCUCUACCCGGUACACAAGUGAUCUUCCAGUGUGAUGAUGGACUAUUCCCUGAGGGGAUAAUGACUGCCACCUGUCUAGCUACAGGAGAGUGGAACAAGAUCCUGGGGAAGAUCGUCUGCAGAAAUGAGUCUAUUUCCUGUGUCCUGCCUGUCCCUCCACUCAAUGGAGCAUUACUCAACACCAACUUUCAGAACACUAACCUAAUUGAGGGCUCAGUCAUUACCUUCCAAUGUGAUCCUGGGUUCUCACUAGUGGGUGCAGUGACUGCCACUUGUAACAACUCUGGUUUUUGGUAUCCUGACCCGGCUCUAUGGGAUUGUGUAUCUAGAAGUUUUCAAUCACCCACUCUAUUUACCGGAGAGAUUCUUUCUAUCAGUGUGGUUGUCACGGCAGUUGCUUUCAUAGUCAUUGGAUUCCUCGCUGGACUCUUAGUGAAGCAUUUUUGCUCUUGUAAGAAGGCAGUGUACUCCCCGGCAGCUGAAAAUAAAGUUAACUUAAGACCCACUGCACCAGUUGGUCCUGUUUAUGAGGAAGUGUCACCCAAAGAGGAGAUUGAACUGAACACUAACCAGGCGUAUGGACCAGUAGGACUGUAAAACUUCUGUUAAUGUGCAUCAACUGCAUGCUCAUGUUUGUAUAAUUAUGUAAAUAGCACUGCAUCUGCAGUAUUACAAACAACUUAAGAGAACAAUGUAAACAGCAGCAUCUGCAUUUUCAGUAAAAACCACCAUACAUGUUUUGUACCAAUUAAUUUGUCAACUAAAAGAAGCUAUAAUAUAAUUAUUUGUUGUA